CAUCUGCGAAUGUUUCAGACAUGAAAAUACUUAUAGUGUUUUCAUUGCAUUGGGUAGAUAAUAAUGAGUCUUCGAUAUCUCUGAUAUCUACAGAUUUCGCUUUGCAAGUGGAAAGUAAGAUGAAUAUAGGUAGGUACUAGGUAGGUAGAGGUACCAAGUUGUUUUAAAUAUUGAAGUGCUUAUAUAUUGGUUGAACUUAUUCGUGUUUCGCGACUGUCAUGUGUAGUUGAACUCAUGUCCUUUAUUUUAAUCGUUCGCCGUGUUAAACAUACGUAUACACGUACAUCUUUUUUACUAUUCUGUCGAUUCACGUGAAUAAUUAACUGACGCCUUGGUUAUUUCACUUAUUAGUGAUAAGUUCGAGAUUUUAAUUUAUACGCGUAAAAAUUGAGCAUUAGAGUUCGAUAUGGAAGUGAAUUCCCGAUUGUUUAGUAGAAAAGAUAAAGUUGAUGUUAGAAUGUGGCCGGUAUUCCAUUUUGUUAGCAGAAAAGACGUUGAAAAUAUUCAUGUUGCGGUAGUUUUUGGUAACCGAGGACAGUCAGCAAUAUACGUAACUAAAAAUGACGAAGUAUUUGCCAUCGGAAGUAAUAACUGUAAUAUGUUGGGUAAUUCAGAAUGGGUAUAUGAUUUCAAACCUAGGAAAGUGGAACAACUGUGUGGAAAAAAAGUAAAAUAUUUUAGUUGCGGAGAACGGCAUAUUAUGGCUUUAACUGAAGAAGGAGUCGUUUACAAUUGGGGCGAAGAUGAACUCUCCCAAUUGGGCACGAAGAACCCUAAUGAUAUCGAUGGUCCUUCGAUUGUUGGAAGUUUAUUUAAUAGAAAAGUUAUCGAGAUUGCCUGUAGUAAUUCCUAUAAUGUCGUACUGUGUGAUAACUAUCAAGUUUGCGAAUGGGGUAAACGAUCAUCAGAGGACAAUCGACCAAAUCCGGGUGUAGAAUCAGUGGUGGAAGGUGAAUUGAAAGGAGAAGAGAUCAUUUCGGUAGCCUGUUCAAAAUACGCUUCGUUUGCUUUAACAAGCAGUGGCUCUGUAUAUUCUUGGGGCGUGAACAUUGAUGGAAUAUUGGCGAGAAACCCCAAUGAAAGCGGGAACGUGGACGAUAACGACCCUUCAAAAGUACAAAAUUUAACCGGAGUUUUCAUCAAGAAAAUUGUUACGGGACGUGAUCAUGUUCUAGUUCUGAGUGACGCUGGUAUAGUUUAUUCAUGGGGAAACAAUGAUUGUGGGCAGUUGGGUCUUGGUGGAGCCGAUUUUGAUUAUUUUGCCCCCGCUCCCGAAGAAGUUAUAUUUCUGGAAGAUGAUGGAAGUGCUUGCACCAACAAAGUGAUCGAUAUCUUCGCAACAGUCUUUUGUUCUACAUCAGUCGCUAUGGAUGAAAACUGCAGAAUAUUCAUGUGGGGUGAAUGUAAAGAACAGUUUAUUUCUUCCCCGCUUGUAACUGAUUUCACCUCUCCACAUGAAGUAUUCGUUCAUUUCAGCAACCACGUGGCCACUUUUCGACCCAUAACUUCGAAAAAUUUAAAGAAAUCUGAGAUUUAUGAAAAUAUUAGACAUUCUUUUGAAGAUGAAAUUACGUCCGAUCUGACUGUUUUAGUCGAAGGAAAAGAAAUCAAAGUGCAUAAGGCUGUGUUACGGAUUCGCAGUAAUUAUUUCAGAAGCAUGUUGAAAGAAGGAUGGAAAGAAAACGAAGAAAAGAUUUUAGAAAUUAAAGAAAGCACCUACGUCGCUUACAAAGCAUUGCUUGAGUAUUUUUACACUGAUAGUUUAAAUGUGCCAUUCUGUUUUGCCUUUGAAUUGUUCGAUUUGGCUCGAGUUUAUUGCGAAGAAGAAUUAGAAGAGAUGUGUGAAAAAGUGAUAAGAAAUAACAUCAACGUUGAUAACGUAUCAUCAUCCUAUGCGACUUCAAAAAUAUCGCGAUUCGAAGAUUUAAAGACAUUCUGCAUGGAAUUCAUAAUGAAUAAUUUUGCGAACGUCGUUUUGUCUGAAGAUUUCGCUCAAUUAAAUCUGGCAACUGUGCAAGAAAUUUUAAAGGAAGCAUCUCGUAAUUCCAUUUUCAAAACCUAAAACUUGGUUGAUGGCGACUAUUUUAUUUACAGUAUUAUUAUGGUCUUAUCUACUUAUUUUUUGAAGUGUAUUAUUUUUGUUUUUUGAUGUCAUGUCUAUCUUGUUGAAAUUAUUGAAUGUUCGAGUUUUUUUUUUUUCAGUAAAACUGGAUUUAUCUAUUAA